CCAAAUAGCUCAAAUUUUGAGCUAUUUCAUAACCUACCAGACUUAUCAUGCUAACACUGAAUAAAACAGACCUAAUACCAGCUUCAUUUAUUCUGAAUGGAGUCCCAGGACUGGAAGACACACAACUCUGGAUUUCCUUCCCAUUCUGCUCUAUGUAUGUUGUGGCUAUGAUAGGGAAUUGUGGACUCCUCUUCCUCAUUCGCUAUGAGGAUGCCCUGCACAAACCCAUGUACUACUUCUUGGCCAUGCUUUCCUUUACUGACCUUGUUAUGUGCUCUAGUACAAUCCCUAAAGCCCUCUGCAUCUUCUGGUUUCAUCUCAAGGACAUUGGAUUUGAUGAAUGCCUUGUCCAGAUGUUCUUCAUCCACACCUUCACAGGGAUGGAGUCUGGGGUGCUUAUGCUUAUGGCCCUGGAUCGCUAUGUGGCCAUCUGCUAUCCCUUACGCUAUUCAACUAUCCUCGCAAAUCCUGUCAUUGCGAAGGUUGGGCUUGCUACCUUUCUGAGAGGGGUACUACUCAUUAUUCCCUUUACUUUCCUCACCAAGCGCUUGCCCUACUGCAGAGGCAAUAUACUUCCCCAUACCUACUGUGACCACAUGUCUGUAGCCAAAUUGUCCUGUGGUAAUGUCAAGGUCAAUGCCAUCUAUGGUCUGAUGGUUGCCCUUCUGAUUGGGGGCUUUGACAUACUGUGUAUCACAGUCUCUUAUACCAUGAUUCUCCGGGUGGUGAUCAGCCUCUCCUCAGCAGAUGCUCGGCAGAAGGCCUUUAAUACCUGCACUGCCCACAUUUGUGCCAUUGUUUUCUCCUAUACUCCAGCUUUCUUCUCCUUCUUUUCCCACCGCUUUGGAGAACACACAAUCCCCCCUUCUUGCCACAUCAUUGUAGCUAAUAUUUAUCUGCUCCUACCACCCACUAUGAACCCUAUUGUCUAUGGGGUGAAAACCAAACAGAUACGAGACUGUGUCAUAAGGAUCCUUUCAGGUUCUAAGGAUGCCAAAUCUUAUAGCAUGUGAAUGAACACUUGCCAGGA